UCUUGCUAUUUUUUUCUUUUUCUCUCUUCUUGUUCUCAUUCUCUCUCUAGAAAUCGGCGACAAAUUCGCAAUCUUGACAGAGAAUCGAUUAUUGGGUACUUGAAGAAUAUAACCUGGAAUGAGAUGGGAUUGUGUAGAUCAUCGAAACCCUACUAAUUCUUUGUUUGAUUAUUUAGUGUUUUGCCAAUGCUAUUGUAUGAAGCCUCCCUGGCCAUCUCCGAUUCUAUAGUUAUUAUAGAAUUGCAAUUUAAUUUUCUCCGGUGAAUGUGGAUUAUGGAGGUUGCUGAGGUCGAAGAAAAUUUACUUGGAGCAGGUGAUGCCAAGCUGCAUGGAGAAAUGUGCAAGUCACUCUCUGCAAUUUAUUGUAAAAUCUUGUCAAUUUUCCCUUCUUUGGAAGCUGCACGACCUAGAAGCAGAUCGGGCAUUCAAGCAUUAUGCUCAUUGCAUAUUGCACUUGAAAAAGCCAAGAAUAUUCUACAGCACUGCUCAGAAUGCAGCAAGCUCUACUUGGCUAUUACUGGGGAUGCUAUCCUUCUAAAAUUUGAAAAGGCAAGAUCUGCUCUUGUAGAUAGUCUUAGGCGUGUUGAAGAUAUUGUCCCACAAUCAAUUGGAUGCCAGAUUUUGGAGAUUGUCAGUGAAUUGGAGGGUAUUGUUUUCUCACUCGAUCCAUUAGAGAAGCAAGCGGGCAAUGGAAUAGUUUCAUUACUUCAGCAGGGGAGAAAAUUUGACAAUUUUAAUGACAAUAAUGAGCUUGAAUCUUUUCAUCAGGCAGCCACUAGACUUGGUAUUACAUCUUCCAGAUCAGCUCUUACGGAGAGAAGGGCUCUUAAGAAACUUAUAGAUAGAGCUCGGGUGGAGGAAGACAAGCGAAAGGAAUCGAUUGUGGCUUAUCUUUUACAUCUGAUGAGGAAAUACUCCAAAUUAUUUAGAAGCGACCUUACAGAUGAUAAUGAUUCACAGGGUUCUGCUCCUUGUUCGCCCACUGUUAAGGGUUCUUUUGAAGAUGCUGGUGAUGGUCAUGCCUUUGAGCGGCAGCUGUCGAAGCUUAGUUCUUUCAAUUUCAAGUCAAACAAUAGGAAAUCUGGGCAGCUGGCUGUUCCCCCAGAAGAACUAAGAUGCCCAAUAUCAUUGCAGCUUAUGUAUGAUCCAGUCAUCAUUGCUUCUGGACAAACUUAUGAGAGGAUCUGCAUUGAGAAAUGGUUCUGUGAUGGGCAUGAUACCUGCCCAAAGACUCAACAGAAGCUCUCUCAUCUAUGUUUGACUCCUAAUUAUUGUGUCAAGGGUCUUGUUACCAGUUGGUGUGAACAGAAUGGAGUUCCAGUCCCUGAUGCUCCACCAGAGUCUCUUGACCUCAAUUAUUUUAGGCUGUCAUUGUCUCAGUCUGAGUCCGCAAAUUCAAGAUCAGUGGACAGCAUAAGCACUAGAAAAAUGAAAGGGAUCAAGGUCGUCCCUUUAGAGGAGAGUGGUACUAUUGAGGAGGCUGAACAGCAUGAAAUGAAACUUUUGACUCUACAGCAGGAGCAGAUACCGCAGGAAGAAGACCUUGAGCAUGAUACAUUUCAGAAUUUUAUGAACAUCUUGAAUGAUGAACGAGAUUUGCAGAAAAAAUGCAAAAUAGUAGAAAAAAUAAGGCUUUUGCUGAAAGAUGAUGAGGAGGCCAGGAUUUGUAUGGGGGCUAAUGGGUUUGUUGAAGCAUUGUUGCAAUUUCUAGAGUCAGCUGUUCAUGCAAGGAAUGCAAUGGCUCAGGAAAUUGGAGCCAUGGCUCUCUUUAACCUUGCUGUCAACAAUAACAGAAACAAAGAAAUGAUGUUGGCUGCUGGUGUUAUCCCAUUGCUGGAGAUGAUGAUCUCGAACUCUGAUUUCCAUGGAUCAGCAACAGCCCUCUAUUUGAACCUUUCCUGCCUUGAAGCAGCCAAGUCUAUAAUUGGCUCGAGCCAUGCUGUUCCCUUUUUAGUCCAGAUCCUUCAAGGUCAAGAUGAACCUCAAUGCAAGAUGGAUGCUCUCCAUACCCUCUAUAAUCUCUCUUCUCAAGCCUCCAAUAUUCUGAACCUCCUUUCAGCUGGCAUCAUCGGUGGCCUUCAAUCCCUUCUUGCGGCCUCAGGUGAUUUUGCAUGGACAGAAAAAUCCAUAGCAGUGUUGAUAAAUUUAGCAACAAAUACAUCAGGGAGAGAUGAAAUGGUUGCAGCCCCUGGUCUCAUUAGCGCGUUAGCAACAAUAUUGGAUACCGGUGAGCCUAUAGAGCAGGAGCAAGCUGUUUCGUGCCUUUACAUUUUGUGUAAUGGGAGUGAAAACUGCAGUCAGAUGGUCCUACAAGAAGGGGUCAUACCUGCGUUAGUCUCUAUUUCAGUGAAUGGGACCACAAGAGGGAAAGAGAAGGCACAGAAACUUUUGAUGCUCUUCCGCCAGCAACGGCAACGAGAUCAUCCUCAACCGCAGCCUGAGGUCCAGUUAAAGUUGGAUGAAAAUAGUUCCAAGCCCAUCGCUAAGGAAUCAAAUCCAUUAUGUAAAUCAGUCUCAAGAAGGAAGAUGGGGAAGGCUUUAAGCUUUUUUUGGAAGAGCAAAAGUUACUCAGUUUACCAAUGUUAAGAACGCUUGGUCUUGUAAAUUUCUGUUGUAUCUUCUAUUUCUCUAUCUUUUGUCCUGUUCCCGUGGGUAUUAUUUAAUUUUGUCUUCGUAGAGAAGAAAAUGUACAGGCCCUUGAAAUCCAUGGAUUUCUUUUUCAUUUUGGUUCUCCUUCGCUUUUCCUCUUCUGGGUAGGAAAUACGUGUACCAUUUAUGCCAUUGUAAUUGAAGCAUUAGUAGAUUAAUCUUAACGAUGAAA